AUGUGCACAUUGUUCAUUGGAAAGACUGUAAAUUUACACUGUGCAAAUGUAAAAAAUGUUAGCGUAAAAUCAUUUCAAUUCAUGAAUAAGAAAUUACAGUUACUUGAAAUCAGUCCGUUCACAUGUAUGAUCGAGGAGUACGCUGCGAAUGGAGAUUUACUGCAACGAAUCAAACGAUAUGGUGGAAUUGAAGAGGAUGAGAGUCGUUUCUACUUCAGACAACUCAUUGAAGCACUUUCUUAUUUGCAAUCAGUUGAAGUGGUGCAUCGAGAUUUGAAAUGCGAGAAUGUCUUCUUGGAUACAUGCGAUAACAUUAAACUCGGUGAUUUUGGUUUCUCACGCUAUAUGCGUGCCGGCGACGAAUCGAAAACAUUCUGCGGAUCACGAGCCUACACGGCUCCAGAAGUGCUCAGAUCUCGUCCAUAUAGUGGCAAUACAGUGGAUAUAUGGAGUGCAGGCGUUGUCUUGUAUGUAAUGGUAACCGGAUUAAUGCCCUACGAUGAUCGUCAUCCCAAGAAAAUGCUCAUUAAACAAUUACAACAUCGGUUACUGCAUUCAACAUGCUCUUUUCUCUUCAUACAAGUCGAAAGUAUCCCGUGA